UCCGGCCCCGCCCCGCGACCCCCAAACGCCUCCAGUCUCCUCCCCUCUCCCCGCCCCGCUUCGCUGGCCCGCCUCUGGUCUCCUCCCCGCUCCCUCAGCGCGGAGCCGCGGGGACGCGCGGGGACUGGUACUGGGACAGCGCGAUGGAGUCGAGAAGUCGCAAGGCGGAGGCCCCGGGCAGUGGGCCGCGGGUGCUGGUGGUAGGCGGCGGCAUCGCGGGGCUGGGCGCGGCGCAGAGGCUCUCUCGCCACCCGGCCUUCUCGCACCUGCGGGUUCUGGAGGCCACAGCCCGCGCCGGUGGCCGCAUCCGUUCGGAGAGCAGCUUCGGUGGUGUGGUGGAGGUUGGCGCUCACUGGAUCCAUGGCCCUUCCCAGGGCAACCCCGUCUUCCAGCUGGCUGCUGAGUUUGGGCUGCUGGGCAAGAAGGAGCUGUCAGAGGAGAACCAGCUGAUCGAGACCGGAGGUCAUGUGGGCCUGCCCUCUGUGACCUACACCAGCUCGGGGGGAAGUGUGAGCCCUGAGCUGGUGGCGGAGAUGGCCGGUCUGUUCUAUGGUCUCAUAGACCAGACCAGGGAUUUCCUGCACGCGACCGAGAACCCGGUGCCCAGCGUUGGGGAGUUCCUCAAAAAGAGGAUCCAUCAGCGCAUGGCCUGCUGGACAGAGGACGAGAAGACCAAGAAGCUCAAGCUGGCCAUCCUGAACAGCCUCUUCAACCUGGAGUGCUGCGUGAGCGGUACGCACAGCAUGGACCUUGUGGCCCUCGCGCCUUUCGGGGAGUACACUGUGCUGCCAGGGCUGGACUGCACCUUUGCUGGGGGCUACCAGGGGCUCACGAGCCGCAUGAUGGCCUCCUUGCCCGAGGAUGUGAUGGUUUUUAACAAGCCUGUGAAGACUGUUCACUGGAAUGGGUCCUUCCAGGAAGCCUCUGCUCCUGGGGAGACGUUUCCGGUGCUGGUGGAGUGUGAGGAUGGAGACUGCUUCCCGGCACAUCAUGUUGUUGUCACCGUGCCCUUAGGUUUUCUGAAGGAGCAUCUGGACAGCUUCUUUGAGCCUCCGCUGCCCAGUGAGAAGGCAGAAGCCACCAGGAAAAUAGGCUUUGGGACCAACAAUAAAAUCUUUCUGGAGUUUGAGGAACCCUUCUGGCAGCCGGACUGCCAGUACAUCCAGCUGGUGUGGGAGGACACGUCGCCCCUGGAGGAUGCCACCCUCAAGCUGCAGGACGCCUGGUUCAAGAAACUUAUUGGCUUUUUGGUCCUGCCUGCCUUCAAAUAACUGCGGGUGUUCUUUGGUGCUGCGCCAGGACUCAGGAGGUUGAAGGCAGUUCUGUAGAGGUCAGCUGCAGUGUGGAGCCUGAAACCAUUUGGUGGAUUUUGCAUCUUACUCUGCCUCUGUUUGUCUGUCUCGCCCUUUGAAUGGUCUUUAACCCACCCACGUUUCGGUCAUUCGGAAAGGAAGGAUUCAUGUAGUCUUCCAAGUGUUGAAACAUUUCACCGUACAAUGUGAAUAAUUAAAUUUAUUACCAUCACCCCUGGUCCCAGAAAAGUCUGCGUUGGGCCGGCUGAACUGUUGGUGGCAGAGGCAAGCUUCUAAAAUUCUAAUUUUUGCUCGAGAGCCUCAGUUUUGUCAUCAGCAAUAAAUACUUGCUGUUGUUUUCCUUGUAAGAGACACACUCUGCUCAUUUUUGAGAAAGUGUCUGCCAGAUACCCAGGCCAUUUGUGAAAGAUGCAGUGGUCCACUGGCGGCUCACGUGUGCCCGGUCCCCCCCAUCCUGCCACGUGGGGUGUUAGAAAGACUUGCUCUCAAGGCUCAGGACUUGAUGCGGCUGCUUCGCGGUAUGCCCUGCCACGAGCGGGGCGCUCCCCUGCGCGUGGGUCUGCUAGCGGGCUUGUGCCGAGGCCCCGGCUCUGCUGAGGGCGGCUGUUCCCACCACGACUCCUGAGCACCGGGCAGAUGUCGGAUGGAAACGGCAGACCUGGGAGUCUGACCAAGCAGGCCCUGGGAGGGUACUCCGGGAGUGGUGCCACACUUGGGAGCCCAGCGCUGUUCUC